GGCCCCCGCUCGCGGCCUGACGUGGCUUCCGGUGGGGCCCGGGCCGUGGCGGAUCGCGGCUCCCGAGCGGGGGGGGGCCCGGCCGCGGCCGGGCGCAGGCCCUGAGGAUGUCGGACGGGAUCAUGAGCAAGGCGGCCACCAUGGAGAUCCCCAUCAGCAGCAACGGGGACGCGGGCAGUCUGCCCGAGGACGACGGCUUGGAGCAGGACCUGCAGCAGGUGAUGGUGUCGGGACCCAACCUCAACGAAACCAGCAUCGUCUCUGGUGGCUACGGGGGCACGGCCGAGGGCAUCAUCCCCACCGGCGCCAUCAAAGGCUCCGGGCUGCACCAGCCCCACCCCAGCCCGGCGGCCGCAGGAGAGGAAGUUGUCCGUGGCAUCGCCGUGGAGAAGUUUGACAUCGUUAAGAAAUGGGGUAUCAACACGUACAAGUGCACCAAGCAGCUGAUCUCGGAGCGGUUCGGCCGGGGCUCCCGCACCGUGGACCUGGAGCUGGAAACGCAGAUCGAGCUGCUCCGGGAGACAAAGCGCAAGUACGAGUGCGUGCUGCAGCUCGCGCGGGCUCUCACCAACCACUUCUACAGCCUGGUGCAGACGCAGCACGCCCUGGGCGAUGCCUUCGCAGACCUCAGCCAGAAGUCUCCCGAGCUGCAGGAGGAGUUUGGCUACAACGCGGAAACGCAGAAACUGCUCUGCAAGAACGGCGAGACGCUACUGGGGGCUGUCAACUUCUUCGUCUCCAGCAUCAACACGCUGGUGAACAAGACCAUGGAGGACACGCUCAUGACGGUGAAGCAGUACGAGACGGCCAGGCUGGAGUACGACGCGUACCGCACGGACCUGGAGGAGCUGAGCAUGGGCCCGCGGGACGCCAGCACCCUGUGCCGGCUGGAUGCGGCCCAGAGCCAAUUCCAGAGCCACAAGGACAAGUACGAAAAGCUGCGUGCUGACGUGGCCAUCAAGCUCAAGUUCUUGGAGGAGAAUAAGAUCAAGGUGAUGCACAAGCAGCUGCUGCUCUUCCACAACGCCAUCUCUGCCUACUUCGCCGGGAACCAGCAGCAGUUGGAGCAGACCCUCAAGCAGUUCAACAUCAAGCUGAAGACCCCGGGUGCUGAGAAGCCCUCCUGGCUGGAGGAGCAGUGAGCCCCCCGCCCCCGCGUGCUCUGCCCCGGGGGGGCACCAUGGACCUGAGUUCUGCGAGCGCUCGCGGGGUUAUUGGGGGGGGGGGGGGGACACGACACAUGGCGUGGGCCCCGCUGCAGCUUGGUGGGGGGGGGUGUGGGGGGCAGCCCGGUGUGGGGGGCAGCGGGAGGCUGCAGCCCUGAGAGGCCGGGGCUCCCCUCUCCUGCCUCCCCUCCGGGGCAGAGUCUGGCCCUGCCCCGCUCAGUCACGGUCCCUUAGCACAGACCCCCGGCAUGACAGCCGGGAGCGCCCCCCCACCCCGACACCCCCCCCGGCAGCCCGGUGGGGCAGCAGAUGCCUCCCUGGCUGGGGCUACGCACCCCGGGCCCCACUGCGCGCUGUGGGUGGGACGGGAUGCCCCCCACAGCUCUCGCUCUGCCUCCCUGGGGGGCAGGAUGGGAGCGUGCCCCCCCCCCCAAGCCCCAGGGUACCCCCGCCCUGCGGCAGCGGCUUUCCUUCCAGAUGAAGACAAAGCUCCGGUGGGGAUGGCCCCGGGGGUGUCCCCCCACAUCCCCGGGGUGGGGGGGGGGCUGUGGGUCCCCACCCGCUGCAGCUGGGGCUCCUGCCCCCCUCUCCCAGUUUUGGGGUCGCUCCGUCUCCCUCCCGGGGUUCCCUGGGCAGCUCUUGCACUCCCCCCACAGCGGGCCCAGGGGCUGCCCCCCCCCAACCCCCCCCCAGCCUCACACUACACUCCCAUGCGCAGGGUGGGCACCUCCGGGGCUGCGGUGUGCCUGUCCCCCAGCCCCCUCCAGCCCCCCACCCCCGGACCCCCUGCCAGCCCCAUCGAGGGGGGGGGUGGGCCCCUGCGCGCUGCUGCUAACGGGGUACAGGCCCCUCUCCGCCCCGACGCCUGGGUGAUGGCUGCCGGGAGCUGCGGGGGGACUCGAAGCGAGGACCAAAGGCCGGGUGGGUGCGGGUGCGUGUUUGGGUGCACGGGCCGAGGGGGGGGGCAUGUCCCACGGUCUGUCCGUGUCCCACGGUCUGUCCGUGUCCCACGCGCCGCAGCUCCAUCCCACUCCAGCUGAGUGUUGCUUCAGCCCUGGCCACGUGCAGCACUUGGGCACUUUCUCCUGAGACAAAGCAGUUUUGGUUUUUCUUGCUAAUUUAAUCCCUGGUAAUUUAAUGACUGGAUCUGACACCCCACCCUUUCCCGGUGAAGGUCUGACCCCCUUCCCCCCCCCCCCCCUCGACUUCUGUAAGAUUCCAGAAUAAAACGGUACGGAU